AUGGCUAACCAAAUCGCCAGGGCGAUCAUUGCCAACCCGUGCCUGCAACCUCCCGGGUUAAUUCCGAACUGGCAAGAGCACUAUCUCACAGGAGCAGUGCCUGGGGAUUCGACUGCGGCUGUGUCGACAAUAGGCAGCGGUGGAGAUGAUUCUAGUACUCCCGCUCCUCCGCCAGCAGCUCGUUCGAUCAAGAAGAGAAGGAGAGCAGCGGUGACACGUCUCUGGGCGUGCAUGCUGAAGCUGUUCGUUGACUCUCGUCUGAUUGAGCACUCCGUACUCGUCUCUUCACCUUCGUUUGCUCUGUGUCGAUCUCCUGCGGGCACUCCCGAUCAUUCUCUCUUAGUAGUCGAAGUUUCACACGCUUUCAUGUCUUCUUCCAAAUCGUAA